AUGGACCAAACAUCGUGGCUGGACCUCUCAGCCGAUGGCGAUACACCAACCUCGCCAUCGCCACCACAGUCUCCCCCGAGCAGCCCAUCCAAACUCACUCGAUCGAAAUCCAUCAUCGAGCGCGUCGCCAGCAGAGCCUCCGAGUAUUCCAUAUCCCCCAACAGUUCGCGUAGUGAAGACCAGCUCGUUGGCCGCUCUGGACUCCCGCCUUGGGAUCGAACCGUGGAUGUUGUCUUCCACAAGUACAAGCAUGGAGACGCCAAACCCGAUGAGAGUAAGACAUUUCCUGAGCACGUUCGCCGCCUUAUCCUCGAGAAUCUCGUCGCGUCUUACGAGGUUUUGGGAUCCAAGCCCAUUAGCCUCAAUAGAUUCAGCUGGGACCAAGACUGCUGGGAACCUUCCGACUUCGUCCCUCUUGGCGAGAUUCUCGCGACUUUCCGCCCUUACUUGAGCGUCUCGUUCGAUUUCUAUGCCACUAUUUUCCUUGCAAUCUUGUCGGAGCAUACUUUUCACGUUACUUUUUCACCAUUCAUCGGCCCGAGACUCAAUCCCCUGGCCACAACGUGGCUCAACAGGUACGGCAUCUUCAUCAAGUCUCUCAUUAUUGAGAUCGAUCUAUCCCGCCUAGGUCUCGGUCCUGCUCCUGAAGCCGUCGAUUUAUUUCCCGGUACUGGCCGUCUCCAAAGUCUGCUUCUCGAUUUCAGCUUGUCCCAGCUCGAAAGAGCCCCAGAAGCUCCCCUUGAGGCUCUCAUUCUCACGUGCCGUCGCUUCCACGGCCAAAGAGAAGACAUUCCUGAUCCGCCCAAAGAUCUCUCAGAGGGCAAAAUCUCUGUCAGAGCCAGUUCUGCGAGCCCUCAAAACCAGUACUCGUCUGCCGAAAGUUCCGGCAGGCAGUCUUCCUGCGACAUUUCUGAGAGAUCAGUUCGAGUCGUAUCUCCCGCCCCAGAAGACUUCUUUGAACAGAGCGAGCUUGACUUUGAAGAUGAUGACGAAGAAGAAGAAGAAGAUGGUGAUGACGAGCACACCAAUUUGGACGAAGACGAAGACGAAGGCUAUGUUGUCAACAUGUCGAUCGAAAGCAGCGAAGACUCCUCCGACUCCUUCUCCAGCUCCGAUUCAUCCUCAAACCCCGACACAAGUCUAGCUCUUCCGCCAUCCAUCCAAGAGGAAGUCUUUUCAUACUGUCCAGAAAAAAACCUCUCCAUCUGCAAUCACCUCGUCCGCCUCCGCAACAAUGUCACUUCCCUCCGCAUCGCUGGCUUCAGCGAGGCGUAUUCCCACGCCUUCCUCGCCACCCUAUUUCCCGAGGUUAAAACCCUUCCUCUAGCACAGCAUUCCUACCGUGUUACGCCUUCUACCUUUUGGCCUCGUCUUCGCGGUCAGAAAUCUUGGGUUGACGCCGGUCAAGGGACUCUCGUGCUGGACGACCACGAGAUCACACCAGAGCCAUGUAUCUUUCCCGAGGGCCCUUUUCAACUACCACCGCCAUUCGUUAAUAAAUCAAGCAUCAAGUCGUUCCCAAUGGGCCUUGAGACGACAACUCGCCCGAGGAACAACACCGUCAGCUCGGGCUCGAGCUUGCCAUCUCAGAAAAGCUUGGAAAGCAACGAAGAGGCAAACACUUCGAAAAGUUCGCGGUCUAGCUGCGAGAAGUCCAAGGUGCAAAAGCUUUUGGGCAGGCGCAAGGGAAAAUCGAGACGCAGACCGAGGCCGAUUUCGGCGCCUUGA